UUUAUUGAGUGGUGAGUGGUGACGCUAAACGAUCUUUGCCUUCUCCGUCAUACAUAGAGGGGCCCCACUUCCUUCCCAACCGUCAUCGUUGCCGUUUCCGUCUUCUCUGUCGUUUCGAUUGGGAUUCUUUGAGUGCCGGAUCGUUUUUGAAUAUCAUUCAACACUUUCCGUCAUUUAAUUAACUAACGUGUUUCUUUCGCAAAUCAAUAAUCACUUCAGCUCAAUGCUAUGCUUCCUUUGGUGGUGAACUUAGAUGGACGACGUCGUUAUUGAAGGUCCACCUGAAACUUACCCGUUGCUGAUGUCGCAUGUCAUUGACAUAACGGGUGCGAUUCCCGAUGCUUCAGCUUCAGCUUCAGCUUCCACUUCUACCUCUACUCAUGACAAUACACGUGUUAAUAGCAUAGAUUUUGGUGUACCUGGUGGUGGUGGUGGUGGUGGUUCGAAUGGAUCGAAUUCUAGGACACGUAGGCGUAGUAGUAUUAGUAGUAGUAGUAGUAAUAAUAAUAAUAGUGUAUUGAAUUCAGGGUUAUGGAUAUGUAUUGAGGUAAUCCUCACAGUAAGCCAGGUUGUUGCGUCUGUUGUUGUUUUGUCUUUGUCAAGGCAUGAGCAUGAGCAUCCUCGUACCCCUUUGUUUGCAUGGAUUGUCGGUUAUGCAUCUGGAUGUGUUGCUACCCUUCCUUUACUCGCUUGGCGAUAUUAUCACAAUCGAAAUAACCGUGUUCGAGAGCAAGAUUCAUCAUCUCAAACCUCUCCUUCAGGGACAAACGGAGGAGGAGGAGAAAAUGUUCCAUCAUCUAGAAGCAAUCGAGAUUCAUGGUUGAUGAAUAGGAGACUGAAGCUACUUGCGGAAUACUUGAAAAUUGCCAUAGAUUGCUUUUUUGCUAUAUGGUUUGUUGUUGGAAAUGUAUGGAUAUUUGGAGGACAUUCAUCUGCCGAUGAAGCUCCUAACUUGUACAGGUUAUGUGUAGUGUUUCUUACUUUCAACUGCAUCUGUUAUGCUAUGCCCUUCAUUCUAUGUGCCACAAUCUGCUGCUGUCUGCCUUGUAUAAUUUCCAUCCUCGGGGUUAGAGAGAAUCUGACACAAACCCAAGGUGCAACCUCUGACUCUAUCAAUGCUCUGCCGACUUACAAGUUCAAAGUGAAGAAAAAUAAAAGCAGGGAUGAAAGCAACUCAGCCGUUGGUGAAGGUGGAAUUGUAGCUGCAGGAACUGAAAAGGAACGAAUGGUCUCUGGAGAAGAUGCAGUUUGCUGCAUCUGCCUGGCGAAGUAUGAAAAUAACGAUGAGCUGAGAGAGUUGCCUUGUUCUCAUCUUUUCCACAAAGACUGCGUAGACAAGUGGUUGAAGAUGAAUGCAUUAUGCCCGCUUUGCAAGAGUGAAGUGGGUGAGAAUGUAACAGGAUCAGUCUCGGGGGUUGAUAAUGGCCUAGCCAGUACCUCAUCCUAAUCUAGUUAUAUACAUAUAGUCAUAUACAUACUUUGUAGUUUUGUAAAGCGUCUCCUAUGCUGCCUACUCUUUUCCUUGGAUGGAUGUCUGAUUCUGAGUUCAUUCAUUCCAUUUCAUUUUUGUUCAUAUAUACGUUUUCAUUUUCUUGGUGGAACUUAAGUUGGUUCAUUCGUGGCAAUGGCUUUCUGUAUUCUACUUAUCAUAUAGCUGACACUGUUACAGGAAUUGUAAGUGAAU